CAUGCGUCUGCAAUUAAAGUAGCAAUGAAAAAUAAGAUGGAUCUGGCUAUUAGUAUUGCUGUUGGUAGCUCAACGCAAAUCGCAUUGUUUCUUACUCCAUUCACAGUAAUCCUUGGAUGGAUUAUUGGUCAACCAAUGACAUUGCUCUUCCAAACCUUUGAAACUGUAGUUUUGUUCGUUUCUGUCUUGAUUACUAAUUAUUUAAUUCAGGAUGGAAGAUCAAAUUGGCUUGCAGGCAUAUUACUAUUUGCCACUUAUUUCAUUAUAUCAUUAGCAUUUUUCUUUUAUUCUGACGCAGGUUCUGUUGAAAAAAUUAUUGGAAGCAAAAAUUUUUGA